UUCAACUGUGAACUGUCGCGGGCUUUACUCGCUACAAAUAACUUAAUUAUAUUAAUUGGGAUUGAUUUAAAUAUCGUGCAGUGACAAUGGUUUACAGACAUGGAUUAAUGUGUUUUGUAAGUUUCCUGGCGUUUGUGUUAAGCCAUAGCGCGAUAUCAGCUGAAAUUGAAACGCGCUGUCGCAAUCCGCCCACGGCGCCGCAAAAGAUAGAAAGAGUAAUCACACUUUGCCAAGAUGAGAUCAAGCUCUCAAUAUUAAGAGAGGCUCUGGAUGUGAUCAAGGAGGAACACACAAUGCCAGCAGAAAGACGAAGAAACAAGAGAGAGGUUCCAUUUUCACACGACGAGAAGAGAAUUGCUGGUUGCCUGCUGCAGUGCGUGUACCGGAAAGUGAAAGCUGUUGAUGGUUUCGGGUUCCCAACACUAGAGGGUCUGGUCGGAUUGUACUCUGACGGCGUGAACGAGAGAGGAUACUUCAUGGCAGUGCUAGAGGCCUCACGGGAGUGCCUCAUGAGAAACCAUGACAAGUUCUCCAGAGCCAUUCCCAUGGAUAAUGGCCGAAACUGCGACGUCUCGUUCGAUAUAUUCGAGUGCAUCUCCGACAAGAUCGGCGAGUACUGCGGCAACGAAGGACUUUAAUGGCAACAAUAGCCCUACUAAAACUGGGAACUAUAAAGCAUACUUAGACUUUGCUCAGACUUUACUUACGUAAAACUUAGCUGAGUGUGAUAAAACGCGAACUUGACUUUUGCAUUAGGCUGUCUUAGCUUACCUAAGCUCGACAUAAUUGCAGAUAUCAUAUGAGUAUUACUAUAAAAACGAAAUCAAAGAUUCUGCUAAGCUUACCGCCAGCUAAGUUUUAUGUAAGUACAGUCUGAGCAGUGACUAAGUACGCUCUAAUGAUACAUACAGCCUAAGUAUCUACGUGCGUUUUUAACCAAGUAAAUACAGAAAAUAUCGUCGCUUAUCAUUCCUUCUCACACACACUCUAUUGCUAUCUAUAUACACACGUGGGCAUAACUGCGUGUAGUAAAAAAUUAACAAAAUAAUUAAUGACUAAAACUUGUAGGCCAAACAAAGAGCGGGAUUGUAGGGAAAGUUAGAAUUACUUUUUUGCUAACUGUACUGAUGUAAUUAUAGUACAAGCAGCCAAUCCUAAACUUUUAUAGCAAUAUGUGGAUUCAAUUACAACAUUAACAACAUUCAAUGUAGCCCUUAAGAUAUACGUGUUUAGUAAACAGUACAGAGUAAGGACAACGGCGCCUAUGGCAAGAGUCCCGUAGGAAAAGAUGCACUUCGUUGCCUAAAUAAAUAAAAAAAACUAACCGGCUAAUUAUAGGCGACAUCCAAAAAUAUAUAAGCCCUAUAAUAUAAAAAUAAAGGCUUGCAUCGUGCAAUUCCUCCCUCACAAUAUCCUAUAAAACAAUUACAACCAAAAAAUAUCAAUAAAGAAUUUAACGCCUACAAAAAAUAUAUUACACUAUUGCUAGGUCAGAUAUUGCUACAAUUUUUUUUCAGGAGUUUAAAAAUAAACAUUUAUGCAUAACGUUACCAUUUAAUUGAAAUUGUAUCAUAUUAAUGUAUAUAUUAUAAGAUCUUACAAAAUUUAUUGUAAAUAAUGAUAUCUAAUAUGGCUACUAAAUUGUGAUGCUCAAUAACUUUAUAUUCAAUAUAUUUGUUUAUUCAUUAUAAGUAGAAAUAUAAGCAUGAAUUUUGUCAAAAUUUUAUUAAUUACUAAGAAUUUUAAUUUCACCUUAACGAACUGAUAGAAUAAUUUAGUUAAAUAAAUAGAAUAUGAAAUUUA